CCAUCUCAACCGAAGGAUCGGGUGGCAACGCAGAGCAAGUAACCAUAGCAACGCUCCGAAAGACUAUCGCCGACCGAGAAGAAUCUAUAAAUAGUGUGCAGCGAACGGUGGAGGAAUUGCGCGCCAAAACUCGCAGAUUGGAACACGCUGCUACUAGCGGAGGGAGUGAUUCCGAUGGGCAAAUGGCCAUUCUCACCCAACGCAACGACACUUUGGAGUCAGUGAACAGAGGCAUGCAGAAGGAGUUGGACAAGAACCAAGUAUCUCUGCUUGAUUUGCGAGCUCAGCUGCGUGAGCGUGAAGCACAAUUGGAACAAGAAUUGAGGAGCCACUCCGUGAAGAUGUCCGCUAUGGAAACUCGGUUGCGAUCAAUGCAACGCUUGGGCAAGGGACAG